UAAACUUGAUUAAUAUGGCGCCGGCCAUCGGAUUGAAUUUUAUAUGAAGCUUCUUUUCAUUUAUUAGUAAAAAAAGUAGUUUAUUUGAAUUGUAGUAGUAUUAAAAUACAAGAAAUAAACAUAUUAGGUAUAUAAAAGAGAAUUUCACGUUAUAUAUAAGGAAAAUGUAUGACGAUAGGCGUGGCGGUCGUGGUGGUGGACGCGGUGGCGGACGUGGCGGCGGGCGCGGGGGCCGGGGAGGACCUAGAUCUGGCGAUAGAUCACAGGAUAGAAGUGGUAGUCGCUUUGGUGGCGGCCGAGGACGAGAUGGAGGGCGAGAUGGUGGCCGCGGAUUCGGCGGUCGCGGUGGCCGGGACGACUUCCGCGGCAGCUUUAAAAAUGACCAGCCCGGCGGUAACCUCCGCAAAGUCCGCUGGGACACAGUCGAGCUGACGCCAUUUGAGAAAAAUUUCUAUGUCCCUCAUGCCAACGUCCAAAGACGCUCGCAAGCUGAAGUAGAGGCUUAUCGCAGUCAGCACCAGAUAACAGUGAAAGGUCAUGAUGUACCAUCACCUAGCAUUUAUUUUGAAGAGGGUGGCUUCCCUGAUUAUGCUAUGAAGGAGAUUUUGAAGCAGGGAUUCCCUAACCCUACUGCUAUUCAAGCUCAGGGCUGGCCAAUAGCAUUGUCGGGUCGUGAUAUGGUUGGAAUAGCCCAGACAGGUUCGGGGAAGACUCUAGCAUACAUUUUACCAGCUAUAGUUCACAUUAUAAAUCAACCGCGGCUGCUCCGUGAUGACGGACCGAUUGUGCUUGUUUUGGCUCCAACCAGAGAACUGGCACAGCAAAUCCAGCAGGUCGCUACAGACUUUGGGCAAAAUGUGCAAGUUCGGAACACUUGUAUAUUUGGCGGGGCCCCUAAGGGUCCACAGGGUAGGUGCCUAGAGAGAGGCGUUGAAAUUGUGAUUGCUACACCAGGAAGACUGAUUGACUUUUUAGAAAAAGGAACAACAAAUUUACGGCGUUGCACUUACUUGGUGUUGGAUGAGGCAGACAGGAUGUUGGACAUGGGUUUUGAACCUCAAAUCAGGAAGAUUAUUGAACAAAUUCGACCUGAUAGACAGGUGCUGAUGUGGUCUGCAACUUGGCCAAAAGAGGUACAAAAUCUGGCUGAGGAGUUUCUUCAUAACUACAUCCAAAUCAACAUUGGUUCCCUCACAUUGUCCGCAAACCAUAAUAUUCUUCAAAUUGUGGAUUGUUGUGAAGAAUGGGAAAAGGAUGAUAAGUUGAUCACAUUGCUCACUGAAAUAUCUUCGGAAGAGGAAACAAAAACUAUUAUAUUUGCAGAAACUAAAAGAAAGGUUGAUGAUAUAACAAAAACCAUAAACCGCUCUGGUUGGCGUGCGCUCGCGAUACACGGCGACAAGAAUCAGCAGGAUCGUGAUUAUGUGCUCCACCAGUUCCGGCAAAGCAAUGGAGGGAUACUGGUAGCGACCGACGUCGCUGCUAGAGGAUUGGAUGUGGAAGACGUGAAGUUCGUAAUUAACUAUGAUUAUCCAAAUAAUUCUGAGGACUACGUACAUCGCAUCGGUCGCACGGGCCGCUCGCAGAAUACCGGCACAGCUUACACUCUGUUCACACCUAACAAUUCUGCUAAGGCAAGAGACUUGAUGUCGGUGCUUCAGGAAGCUAAUCAAGUAGUGAAUCCUAAGUUAUUGGAGUUGGCGCAAUGUGGAAUGGGUUUUAAAGGAAAAUAUGGUCGUGCAAGGUUCCGUGACCGCGACGAAGGAGAUUCGAGGUCGGAUCGCGGCAGUCGUGGCCGCGGACGAGGCCGUGGUGGUGGCAGCCGGUUUGGUGAUAGAGGCUCCAGAUGGGAUAAUUCCGAGAGCUACGGAGAGAACCAAAGCUCCAGCUACAACAGGAGUGAAGGCUACGGCAACAGAAACAACUACGGCAGCCGCGAGGGAGGUGGAUUCAAUCGGGACAAUGGUUUCAGAGGGCGCGGGGGCCGGGGCGGCAGGGGCGGAGCCCGGGGGGGCUACGGUCAGAACCAGCAGGGCUACAACCAGAAUUAUGGACAGUCACAAUCACAAAGCUUCAACGUCCCCCCGCCUACGAGCUACUACAAUAUGUACUCCUCCCCUCCACCACAGACGGCUAAUAAAUAUGGGGGUAAAUAAAAAAAAUGAUGUACAAAAUUCGACAUUAAAUGUCGCCUGGCUGUUAUAUGUACUUCGACGUUCUACGUUCAUUCCCAUCACGACUGCCGUCAUUGCGGCGUUUUUUUUUAAUCUGGUAACAAAAUUGGUGUUAUUUACAUAUGCAAAUUGUCAAUUUAGACCAUGCAACUUUUAUUUAAUAUUGUCGAAGAUAUAUAUAGUAUUUUUACUUUAUUUAAGUACAUGGGUAAUGAAAUGAAUACCCUUAAUUUGGGUGAGUUAGAAUAUUUUUCUAGCAAAUGAAACGGUGACAUUGAUUUUUAAUUAAAUUAACAUAUCUUAGUAAAAUCAUGAACACAAUAGCUUAGAUAAAUGUCUAAUUGCUCAGCAAUUAGGUAAAUUUUCUCUCUCAACUAAUAUAUAUAUUAACUAUAUUUAAAAUAAUGGAACAGCGUUGUCUGUUGUAACAAUCUUACUACACAAGGAUCUCGUUAAUUUACUUGUCUAUUUUGCUCUCGAUCCAAACAUUCCCUACCUGUUUGUGACGUAACUGAAUAUCUAUAAGAUUGUGCAAUUAAAAUCUUAAUAAAA